AUGUUUUCAAGAAGCACAAUACUACAGGCCUCGGCCCUCCUACUGCCCUUCUUCUCCACCAGCGUAUCCGCCCAAAACGCCUGCAACAACUCGCCCGCUCUCUGCAGCCGCCCAUACAACAACAUCACCUACCUCGGCGCACACGACUCGCCUUUUCUCCGAAACGAGCAAACAUCAUUCUCAACAUCGGGAAACCAAUAUUACAACACAACCGUGCAACUCGACGCCGGCGUACGGUUACUCACUGCCCAAGUGCACAAAGCCAACGGCACUGGCACCCAGCAAUGGCAUCUUUGCCACAGCAGCUGCGAUCUUCUUGAUGCUGGCAGUCUGCAAAGCUGGCUGGGCGAAAUCAAAACGUGGAUGGAUGCAAACACGCACGAUGUUGUGACAGUGCUGCUCGUCAACUCCGACAACGCCCCCACGUCAGAUCUAGGCUCCAUCUUCAGCGCCUCGGGCCUCGAUAAACUCGCCUACACUCCUCCCUCGAGCACCACCAUCCCGAAGACCUGGCCCACGCUCGACGCCCUCAUCGGAAACAACACGCGCCUCAUGACAUUCGUGGCCUCGCUCUCUGGCGGCGCCUCGGCGCAAGCCCCCUACCUCAUGGACGAAUUCAACUUCAUCUUCGAAAACGACUUUAACAACGCAAGCCCCUCCAACUACUCAUGCAACCCUAACCGCCCCACAUCGCUCGCCACGCCCAGCGCCGCCGCCCAGUCUGGCCGCAUGUUCCUGCAAAACCACUUCUUGUACCAGAACCAGAUUUUCGGCAUCCAGUCGCCCAAUGAGACGUAUGCCAAUGUCACCAAUGCCCAGACGGGCCUCGGCAGCUUGGGCACCGCAAUGGCAGCGUGCGAGGCCGUGUAUGCGAAAGCCUCCAAUUUCGUGCUUGUCGAUUUCUUCAACGUCGGCCCGGCCAUUGCGAGCGUCGAUCAGGCAAAUGGCGUGUCUGGCUCCAUUACAGGGCGCAAAAGUCUGAGCACCAAGCCCCUGGUGCAGAGUACGGGUGCGGGUGUGAGGGAAAGUGGCAACGUAGUCGCCGUUGUGUUGGCCGUAGCCGUUGCCGUGGCUUUUGGCUUUUGA